CAGUCUCACGAUCGACAAUAGUAGCAUUAGAAACAUCUGCUAUCUCCUCUGCUUUAACAAUAGAAGAACUUGCCUUCACUAUUUGGGAUAGCGAUGUCAUAAUAUCUUCAGGUUUAGAAAUAGAUUCUAUGAUAGAAAUUUUCAUACCUGCCUUUUGGAGAAAAUCAACUAUCCUCCAACCAAACAAGCGUCAGGAACGAAAUUUUUCUAACAUAUAUGCUACCCACAAUCGAAUAGUUGGAAAAAUUCCUCUAUUCUGA